UGUGUACAAAUGUCUAAAAAAAAUAGUGAAACAGAGUGAAAGAAAACAAACAAGUAAACUUGUAGAAAAACAGAAUCACAAGCUGAAAAGAUUUUUCUUGUGAUUUUUGCGAAAAUUCAUUGUUGGCAUCGUUAUUGAAGACCAAAAUCAAUUGUAUUGUGGACAAAAUGAGCAGUCGCACGGUGUCUAGCAAAAAAAUUAGCACGUCUGACGAUAUUGAUUUAACACUCGAGUUUUCACAGCACAUGAGCCAGUUGUGUAUGAACGCUGAAUAUUCCGAUGUGACAUUCAUCGUUGAAGGAAUCAAAUUGCCAGCACAUAAAAUCAUAUUGGCCGCACGGAGUUCAUAUUUUCGAGCAUUACUUUAUGGAGGCUUGGCCGAAACAACACAACAGGAAAUCGUUCUGAAAGUGCCACUCGAAGCAUUCAAAGCCUUAUUAGACUAUAUUUAUACGGGCUGCAUGUCACUGGCCAAAAUGAAAGAGGAGAAUAUUUUGGACUCACUUGGUUUGGCCAAUCAGUACGGGUUCGAAUCAUUGGAAUCGGCCAUUUCCACGUACUUAACAAAUAGCUUGUCACUGAAAAACUGUUGCGCCAUCCUGGAUGCAGCACGAUUGUACAAUUUGGAAACACUCAGUGACGUGUGCAUGACAUUCAUGGACAGAAACUCGACUGAACUACUCAACACAAGCGCAUUCAAAACAUUGUCACAGGAUUCACUGUGCACUCUACUGGAACGCGACUCAUUUUUUGCACCCGAAGUUCAUAUUUUCAACGCGGUUUAUGAUUGGUGCAAGAAUAAUCCCAAUGCGGAUAUUGAGACGGUCGUUUCAUUUGUUCGAUUGCCAUUGAUGAAUCUGGAACAGUUGCUCAAAAUUGUUCGACCAUGCGCUAUUCUAGAUCCAGAUCGUUUGCUCGAUGCAAUCGAAGAGAAGACAACUUCGAAGAAUCUUCUUUACCGUGGUGCUCUUUGGCCAGAAGAAAAUGUUGCCUCAGCCAAAUUCAACUCAAAAACCAUCAAAGGCGAAUUGCGGAGUGCACUCCUCGAUGGUGAGGUCACAAAUUAUGAUAUGGAAAAAGGUUAUACACGUCAUUCAAUAACCGAUACUGGCGAUCAGUGUAUUUUAGUCGAGUUGGGAACCAUCAGUAUAAUCAAUCACAUCAAAAUGCUACUGUGGGACAAAGACAUUCGGUCUUAUUCGUACUAUAUUGAAACGUCGGUGAAUCAAACCAAUUGGGAGCGCGUCAUUGAUCACACCAAAUAUAUGUGUCGUUCGUGGCAAUUUUUGUAUUUUCCAUCACGAGCCGUUCGUUACAUCAAAUUAGUUGGCACACACAACACAUGCAACAAAGUCUUUCACGUUGUGGCGCUCGAGGCAUAUUACACAAUGAAGAUACCAACAAUAGUCAAUGGCCUGGUUUUGCCCACGUAUAAUGUGGCCACAGUCGAUAUGAGUGCUAUGGUUAUCGAAGGUGUGAGUCGAACACGAAACGCUCUACUUAAUGGCGAUGUGAAGAACUACGACUGGGACUCUGGUUACACAUGCCAUCAGUUAGGCAGCGGAGUCAUAGUCAUUCAACUUGGUCAACCCUACUACAUUGGCUCAUUGCGUCUGUUGCUUUGGGAUUGUGAUAUGCGAACAUACAGUUUCUACAUUGAAACAUCUGUGAACCAAAAAGAGUGGGAGAUGGCGGUCGAUAAACAGCACGAGCAGCUCCGAUCUUGGCAGCAAUUCACUUUUGAACCUCGACCCGUUGUGUUUAUCAAAAUCGUCGGCACAUAUAAUACAGCCAAUGAGAUUUUCCAUUGCGUACACUUUGAGUGUCCGUCACAAGAUUUGCCAAAGCAACAAAUCGAAGCACAGGCCGCUACAAUUUCAGGACACUUUCCGUCGACAAGCAAAAAAGUCACUCCAGCUUCCACAUCGCCCGAGCUUUCGUUCAUACAAAACAUUGAAUUGGAUUGCGAAUAAAAUCACCAAAAGAUUUGAAAUGUAAUCCGUCGAAUGGUUUCUAUUCAAACAAUCGAUCAAUACACAACGUGCUGUACUCCAGUUACGAGUAACCGCACCCUCACCUCCAUCAAUCCCAAAACAAAAUCCCUAAUCAAGUAUUGUUUAUUUAAAAUACUAAAAAGUAUUACAUGACAUAGACAUAGAGAAAUUCAAAAAUAUUUUCAGUUAAAAAAAAAUCCAAUGUUUAAUUCAAAAGUCAUAUAAUAACAAGAAGCAAUCGAAAAAUAUUGUAUAAUCAAUGAAAUUAGUCGUAAGUUAAAGUUUGUCACUUAUUUAUUGAGGGCCAAAGGCAAUAGAUUAUAACACAUCGGUGAAAAAAAUAAACAAUUUUAGUGUUUGAAUAUAUACAAAUUGGCUACUUUGAAAGAAAAUCUUCUAUGCAAAAUAAAUAUUGACGCUUUUUGAUUAAAA